AUGGCAGCGCAUUUGGUUUUCGCACUACUCUGCUCUGUCAAUCUGGCAUGGGCAGUGACUCCAGGAGAAAUUCAAAAUUACCUCAAAACUCAAUUAUCCUCUAGCUCGGAAGUUGUACUUUCUAGUUCCCCGGCCUACGCUACCGAUAUCAAGCAAAGAUGGAACGCCUAUGAUGCGCCGUCCUUUGUUGUGGGUGUAAAGCCUGCUACUGCCAAUGAUGUCGCGACUAUCGUGCGUUAUGCUUCGAGCAACAGUAUUCCGUUCAUGGGAACAGGUGGCGGCCAUGGUUAUACCACAACUACUAGCGCCCUGAAGAACGGGAUCACCAUAGAUCUCAGUGGUUUCAAGGGGGUGUCAAUUAAUUCUACAGCAAGCACAAUGACUAUUGGAGGCGCUGUCACUUUCGGAGAAGUUUUGAAUCCCGUAUAUAACGCUGGAAAAGAGAUACAAACCGGAUCCUGCUCAUGCGUUGGGAUGAUUGGUGCUACCAUAGGUGGCGGCAUCGGCGUCUAUCAAGGUCUUCAUGGCUUGAUCAUAGACGCACUCCAGUCGGUGACCAUGGUAACUGGAAAGGGAGACAUUGUUAAUGCAUCACUUUCCGAGAAUAGCGAUCUGUUUUGGGGUAUCAGAGGCGCCGGACAGAACUUCGGUCUUAUAACCUCUGCUACUUACAUACUGCAUGACCAGACCAACCACGGUCAGGCUUUGAACGGCGAUUUCCUUUUCCCAGUCAGCGCGAAUGCUACUAUCUUCAAUAUCCUGAAGUCGUUUGCCGGGAAUCAGCCCGACGCUCUAGCCCUUACCAGCGCCAUACAAUACUCGCCUACUUUGAACACGGUCGUCAUAAUGGUCAACGCCGUGUACGUAGGUGCAGAAAAUGAUGGAAGAAAGAUCCUUCAGCCACUACUCUCAGUAAAAGCUCUACAGUCCAAUGUGACCAUGAUUCCAUACAACCGUCUUAUCCUGGAAAAUCGCUUCGGUGUCGAUCCUCUCGGUUGUAUCUCAGGUCUUCCUCAAGCAGCAUAUGGCAUGAAUUUGUAUCAAUACGAUGUUGCAACCUACCAGAAAACGCUUGCUGCGUAUAUCGACUUCUAUGCUGCAACCAAUUUGACGACAUCCUACAUGGUCAUGGAGAUGUUCCCUACUAGGAUCUCGCUCAAAACACCAGACCAAGCGACAGCAUAUCCGUAUCGAGCCACAAUGGCAUAUUUCUUCAGUGGCUUCACAACAGAUGCACAGACAUCUGCGAUCGCGAAGUUCGCAAAAGAGAUACGUGGAAGUUUUUCAAAGCUCAAUGGCGCAAAGGGACUCGAGGUCUACGUUAACUAUGCACAUGGCGAUGAAGGUCGUAAUGCUUGGUAUACUGCAGCAAAACUCCCUAAACUUGAGCAACUCAAGCAAAAAUGGGACCCACAAAAUCUCUUCAAUUUCACGAACGGUUUUGCUUACUAG